UUUUUUUUGCCAAUAAGAAGCAGCAUCAUAAUUUGUGAAAUUUUCAUUUGUUUACAAUUUUUCCAUUAGCAAAAUUUUAACAUUUUUACCAAUUUAACACACAAGAAUUAAAAUGUCCGAUGAGAAAUCAAAUCUCGCUAUAAUAAGAGAUCCAAAUAAGGUUUCUAGUCGUAUUUUCAUUGGCAAUUUACCGCAAUGUACGCGUGACGACCUAGAAAGUAUUUGCCUACCCUAUGGCAAAGUUUUAGCUACAUUGGUACAGAAAAAUUUCGGUUUUGUGCAAUUCGAAACGGAAGAAGUGGCCAAUAAAGUGGCUGCUGCUUUAAAUAAGUCGACUUUUAAGGGAAAUACCGUAACGGUACGUAAUGCAGCACAUUCAAAGAAAAAUCAACAGAAUGCCGCAGCCAGCAGCAAUAACAAUUGGUCUCAGGCCGGUACAGGAGUAAUGGCACAGACAGCUGUAGGUGGUGGCGGUGGCAUAGACAAUGUCGAUAAUUCCAAUUAUAAUGAUUGUGAAAUUAUUGUAGUCGAUCGUAAAAAUACCAAAUAUGCCGAAAUGAUUGAAGAUCGUUUAAAGCGUUUAAAUUUAAGAGUUGAUGUUUUAUUUCCAAAUGCAGAUGUUCCCCUGGGCAAAGUGCUUUCGAAUAUUGCUUCACGUGACUGUUUGUACGCGAUACUUGUGACAAAUCAACAUGAAGAACAUAAUAGCAUAACAGUUAAUAUUCUGUAUGGACAACCUGCCGAACAUCGUAAUAUGCCGGUGGAAGACGCCAUCAAGCUAGUAAGUGAUGAUUUCCGGAAAAAAAUUAUGCGAGAAAAAGCAGCUGCUAUGGCAAAUCAACAACAGCCACGAAACAUGCCAAACGUUCCAAUGAAUGUACCUCAGAUGGCACCCCAUUUGCCCAAUCCUGUACCAAUUAUUCCGGCCAACACAGCAAAUUACAUGGCGCCACCCUUAAAAGAACGACACCCGGAUGCGAUACAAAUGUUGCUAAAUCUUUUGGCCUCCAAUAUGCCAUUAACAGUUUUACAAUACGAUCGUAUUAUUAAAUAUCUACAGCAAAGACGUGAGCUACAACUCAAGGUGGAACUGGGAGAUGCUGCUGAUGAAAUGAUUAAAUCAACACCAGAUCCAGAAAUAGAAUUGCAAAAGAAAAUUCUUAAUAUUUUAAAUAAACCCUCUGUGGCAGAAACGCAUUAUGAAUUAUUGUAUCCCAACCUGGAAGCGGUAAAGCAGGAUGAGCGCAUGUUAGAUUUACUUAGAGAUGUACGAGUACAAAAAGCUUUAGACUCUUUAAUGGAUUCCAAUCUGGUAUCCACUGUGGAAAAUUUAAUGAAAUUUUAAUUCUUUUAAAAUAUUUAUCAAUAAAAACAAAAACUAGA